AGAACUGGCUGUCUCCUCGACUAAAGGAGCAAUUGGACAUUUAUUAGGAGCAGCGGGCGCCGUUGAGGCUGUGUUUACUGUUCUAGCAGUGCAUAAUAAUAUCGUUCCACCUACACUGAAUCUCGACAACCAAUCAUCCGAAUUCCGUCUUAACUACGUGCCACAUGUACCCCAACAAAAGACUAUUCGAGCAGCGCUGACAAACUCGUUUGGGUUUGGUGGAACAAACGCAUCGUUGUGUUUCGCUAGACUGGAGGAAGGUUUUAGAGAUUGA